AUGCUCUUCUGUCCGUCUCCCAUAUUUUCAUCUAUCCACGAGUUCGACGUCAUCCUCAUCGACCUGUCCUCCUCUUCCUCAUUCAUGGGUCGACCUGCAAGAGCUGCCCAUACACACGCUCCCCGAGACAUCAAGUAUUAUGCCUCAAAAGCACAUGCUGUUGGCGCAAAAAUGCUAGUGGAUUCGACGUUCGCCCCACCUCCCUUGCAGUACCCAUUCAAAUGGGGCGAGGACAUGGUUAUGCACAGUGGAACGAAGUACUUUGGCGGACACUCGGAUCUGCUAUGUGGUGUUCUCGUCGUGCCAACCGAGGCUGAAUGGAAAACGUUAUGGACGCAGCGCACCUCACUUGGGUCCAUGAUGGGGUCUCUCGAGUUGUGGCUGCUCCUGCGCUCCCUCGGUACGCUGCACUUCCGCGUACCGCGCCAGUCGGAGAAUGCUAAGGGGCUCGCUCGCUGGUUGAGCCAGGCUGCUGGUGGCAGAGCUUUUAAAUGGAUCCGUGCCCGUGUCAUCGACGCUGUUUGGCACUCGACCUGCGACAAGUCUAGGAUGAUCCUGGAGCGGCCCCUAGAUUGGUCCGUAUCAGCUGCGGCGUCGAAGACAUUGAGCUUUGCCGCUGCACUCAUUGGCAUGAUACUCAUCUUCCUCGACACCGUCAAGGCGCCCGGCCUCGCGCCCAUCUGCGCGAAGAUCCGGCGGUAUGGCACCGGCGCACUGUGGUGCGGCGCGUGGGCGACGGCGGCAGCGACGUUUGUCGGACAUUAUCAGUGGUUCGGCACGUACAACUGGCUGGACGAGGUGCUCCCGCCACCAGAUUAUGAUCCUGGUGAUGGUCUCGAAAUGGGUGGAUGCCAGACUACCGGGAGCCACGCGAUCACCGGGAUGCCUUAG